CAAUUGGGAAAAAUUUAGUUGUAAUAUACUGAAACUUGUCGAUGAAUUAAUAAUGGAGACAGGGCCUCCCCCUCACUCAACUUCUGCACUUGAGCCGCAGCUUGAGCAUCUCUUUUCUUGUUUUCUUCUCAAAAAACAAUCACACCCCUAAAAACUCUGUCUCCUCCAUUCAGAAUCCAAAAUUGAAAUAUCCGUAAUUUCUUCUUCUUCGUUACAGUGAAAUCCUGUAACAGCAAGUAGACGUGCGUUGCUCUGGUUUUUUAAUUACUUCUGAUAGUUGAUGGUGCAUGAUUAGUCAUUUAAUCCAUAAAAAGAACUGGUUGUUUGAUUAUAUAUACUUCUGUGAUUGUACAAGAUUAUACAUAUGGAUGAAAUGUAUGGACUUUAUUCAACAAGUGAUUACUUGGAUAAGGCCUUGAUGUCACCGGAGAAUCUGAUUAUUCCGGCAGAGUACCACAACGACUACCAUGCCCUGAUUUCGUCCGGCGAUCACCAUCAGUAUCCUAUAUCGGGAUUGUCGGACGAUAUUGGAUUUCGGGGUUCAGUGGCAACAGAAGUGGAGUCUAUCCAUCCACAAACAGAAAAUGUUAAACCAGAAGAUGAACAUGGACAGGCUUCCAGUUUGAUCAAGGCAAAAAUUGCUUCUCAUCCUUCAUACCCAAAAUUGCUCGAUGCUUAUCUCGACUGCCAAAAGGUCGGAGCACCCCCAGAAAUAACAUCUUUGCUAGAUGAAAUCAGGCGAGGAUAUGAGUUUCGUAAGCAAGAUGAACUUUCCGUUUGCUUAGGAGUCGAUCCUGAGCUCGACGACUUCAUGGAGACAUACUAUGACAUACUGGUGAAGUACAAAUCAGAUCUGUCAAGGCCUUUUGACGAAGCAACGUCGUUCCUCAAUAAGAUUGAAACUCAACUGGGCAAUCUUUGCAAAGAUGAUGGAGUCUUGUCUUCGGAUGAGGAGUUCAGCGGAGUGACGGAAGUACAAGAUGUACAAAUCAAGAGUGAUGACCGUGAACUUAAAGACAAACUCAUGUCAAGAUAUGGUAGCCACAUAAAUAACCUAAAGCAAGAAUUUUCGAAGAAGCAGAAGAAAGGAAAACUGCCAAACGGAGCAAAGAAAUUAUUGCUUGAAUGGUGGAAUGCUCACUACAAAUGGCCUUAUCCAUCGGAAGCUGAUAAAAUCGCACUGGCGGAGUUAACGGGAUUGGAUCAGAAACAAAUUAACAACUGGUUUAUAAACCAAAGGAAAAGGCAUUGGAAACCGUCAGAGAAUAUGCAAUUUAGUGUAGUGAACAAUAUUUCGGGUGAAUUCUUCAUCCAAGCAGAUUAAAUUCAAUGUUGAUGUUUGGCUCUUGGAUGUAUAUUUCAGGGAAGAAAAGAAAGACCUAUUGAUUCAUCAGUUAGAACAAAUUGUGUAUUUUCAUCAUUAAAUUGUCAAUUUAAAGAAAAUUCUGAUUGUGAAGAGUA